CACUUUUCCCUCCCCACUCUUUUCUCUUUGCUAUUUGAACAGAGCUCCUUAAGAUUCUUCAAAUCCCAAAACAAAUUCUGUCAGAAGUUAAAAAAAGUGAUACAGAGAGUAACAGAGCAAAAAAUGGAAAGUGAAAACAUUGAAACCUCGGAUGAAAUAAAAGGAAAUCCAACACGGGAUGGCAAAUAUGUUGAGUACAAUGUUGUUGGUAAUUUAUUUGAGGUUACUUCAAAGUAUGUUCCUCCAAUUCAACCCGUCGGACGUGGCGCUUACGGCAUUGUUUGCUGUGCUAUAAAUUCGGAGACAAAAGAGGAGGUAGCAAUCAAAAAAAUUGGGAAUGCAUUUGAAAAUAGAAUUGAUGCAAAGAGGACCCUUCGCGAGAUCAAACUUCUUUCCCACAUGGAUCAUGAAAAUAUCAUAAAAAUAAAAGAUAUAGUGAGACCACCAGACAGAGAGGAAUUCAAUGAUGUAUAUAUUGUGUAUGAGCUACUGGAUACAGAUCUGCAUCAAAUAAUACGCUCUUCACAGGCCCUCACAGAAGAUCACUGUCAAUACUUCCUCUAUCAAUUAUUACGUGGACUCAAGUAUGUACAUUCUGCUAAUGUUCUACACCGGGAUCUAAAACCUAGCAAUUUGCUACUUAAUGCAAACUGUGACCUCAAGAUUUGUGAUUUCGGGCUUGCUAGGACCACUUCAGAAGCAGAUUUUAUGACCGAGUAUGUUGUUACCCGAUGGUAUAGGGCACCCGAGUUGCUACUCAAUUGUACGGAAUAUACUGCAACAAUCGAUAUUUGGUCAGUUGGUUGCAUUUUGAUGGAACUCAUUAAGAGAGAACCUCUUUUUCCCGGCAGAGAUUAUGCUCAGCAAUUGGGGCUUAUCAUUAAGCUAUUAGGUUCACCUGAGGAUUCUGAUCUUGGAUUCCUAAGGAGUGACAAUGCUAGGAAGUACGUCAAGCAGCUCCCUCGAGUUCCAAAACAACCCUUUUCCAAGCAUUUCCCAGAUGUGUCCCCUUUAGCACUUGAUCUUGCAGAAAGGAUGUUGGUUUUUGAUCCAGCUAAACGUAUAACUGUUGAGGAUGCGUUAAAUCAUCCAUACAUGAUAAGUCUCCAUGAGAUAAACGAGGAACCAGUUUGCUCUUCUCCUUUCAACUUCGACUUUGAACAAGCUUCUCUAAGCGAGGAAGACAUAAAGGAGCUCAUAUGGAACGAGGCUCUAAAGUUUGAUCCCGAUACAACCAAGUGAUGAUCCAUACAUAUUUCCUCAAUAGCUUGUUUCAUCAAUGAUGGAGUGUGAUUUGGUUUUGGCAGGUUAGCCAUUUGUAACGUCUGUUUGAUUAUUCAUUCAAGGUGAGCUUGGAGAGUUUGGGUUUUCCUCCCCUCAUACACGGGGUUGUAUCGGGGAGAGUGCGCACAUGAUGGGGAUAAUCAAUGGAUUCAUAUUCUACUCAAGAAUCCUCCCCCCAUUCAAAAGUUUCUGUAAAAGGCUAGUCGUUUUCUGUUUACAAACUCAAAGCUGUUUGUAAACAAAACUAUAGGACGGAAGAACAAUAAGAAUGAAAAAAAGUGAUAAUUUGCGAAAAUGUUGUUGUAUAAGAGUUUGAUAAUAUAGUGGUAUUGAUGUUACAAUUUUGAUUU